AUAAAAAUAUAAUUUUUUGCAAUUUGGUGGUUGUUUUUAAUAAAAAAAAUUGAUAGAUAUGGCUUUUGAUGUAGCUUAUUAGCUUCAUGCAGCAGGUUCAUAGAAUCUUUUUUAUAAUUUAUGUUUGUCAAUUGCAAUGCAUCUGAUUGAUUGAAUCUACUUGUCCUUUUCUUUUCAGGCUGUGUUUAGUUUGUUUGGAUGACCUGGCAGAAAACUUGAAUUCUGACAUCAAAUAUGUUAUCAGGAGAAUAGAGUUGUGGGCCAACAAGGUAUGAGAAGGAUGGUGGACAUGUUGCCAAGAUUGUAGGUAAUUGUGUUGCUCCUGGGAGAUUGCACGCUGCUUGAGCUAUGGUUGAAGGAUGGUGGACCUGCAAAUUUCCACCUAAUUCUUUGGAAGAAGAAACUGAAGGAAGUAAAUGGAUUUUAUCAAAAUUGGAAGAAACUAAGAAAAGGGGAAUUAAUAGAAGCAAGGGAUUCCACAGCUUCAAGUAUACAUAGAACCAAGCUAUCUCAGAUCUAGACGAAUUCUGGUUAUUCAUUAAUUUUGAUUUGCCAUGAAUGAUUUACAUUGUUGAAAUGGGAGCAUGAUUUUCAUUUUUAUUUGUUUAGAUCAUUGGUAGCUGAUUGUUCUCUCCAUAUGAUUUUUGACUAUUUUGUUCUGAAAUUCAUAUGGUUGUAAUUGAGUCUUUUUUGUAUUUUUGUUAUUUUAACUUUGAAAGCCUUCUUUUUUUGAUAGUUAGAUCAUAUGCUGCAGUAUUAUGGAUUCAUUUUCAUGUGGUUUGUGACUUUAUAUGCUGCCUGAACUAAUUUUAUGCACCUUGGUUGAAUUUAUACCGAUUGGGUCUUGCAUUUACUCAUCCAUGUGUAUUUGUGCUCAAUGUUACUUGUGACUUAAUCUCAUUCAUGGUUUAGAGUUAAGUAACUAUUAAUUUUAUAAGCCCAGGAGUGGUUUGAGUUUGAAGGGAGGGAUUGAUUUGUGGAAAGAUUUUAUGUCUAUCACCAAGUAUUUUAGUUUUGGUUUUUCUCCAAUAAGGUUGCCUGUUUAUGGUGUGAGGUAAUUAACAUAUUUGGAUUUUAGUCUAUAUAAUUUUAUGGCUUCUUGGGGUUUGCCAACACCAUAUUUUUAUGUUACUUAUGUUGUGUAUAACACUAUUAGUAAUACCAGAUUCUUCUUGCUUUUUCUACGUUUGUAUGGGUUUUUAGUUGUUUUGCCCUUGAUGCUUUGUGUCUCCCUUUCUCUUGGAAUGUGGCUUUUAGGUCUUGUUGCUUUCCUGUGUUUUUGCAAUGUUUAGGUUGAUCUAUUUCCUCUUAUGUGUUUUAUUUAGUCUUCUAAAAUCUGGUCUUUGGUCAUCAAUCAUGGAAGAGGAAAAUCAUGUUUUCAAUUCCUAGAUCCCCUGUCCAGCGUGAA